GGUUUGGGUCCGAGGACGCUUUUGCUGGGAGGUUUGUGAUUGGAAGGUGGGAUGAGAUAUGCUGUGUGAGGGUGGGCUGUCCUUAUGUAAGCGGUGGGAGCGGGAAAAAAAAGUUCCUAUGAUGAGGUUGAUAAAAUUGAUAAAGAGCUUGAGAUUAACUAUUCGACUUUGGAAAUUGCGCGCGACGUUGAAUCAACAAUACAAUUGGCGAAUUUUGUGGGAGCUGAUAACUGUGAUUUGCGAGAGAUUAGAAAGACUCACAGGAACGAAUUGGGAAAAAGGGAAGAAAGGAAUACCGAGCACUUCGAAAAUCCGAUAUCAAUCCCAAACCAUCAAAAUGCUUCUCUUCUGCCCCUCCUGCAGCAACAUCCUCACCGUCUCCGUGACACCGCAUUCCUCGACCCCCACACCCACCUCGACGCAAGAUCUCACCGGCGCAAACCGUCUCGAAUGUCUCACCUGUCCCUACCAAUACAUCCUCACCCGCUCCAUCUUCGAUCGCAAAACCUUUGUGCGCGAAGAAAAGGAAGAUGUGUUUGGCGGUAAAGAUGCCUGGGCAAAUGCCGAUACCUAUCCUAAACAGUGCGCGAAUAGUGAGUGUAAUGGUAUGGUGGCAGCGGCGAGAUUUGUGCAGAUUCGGAGUGCGGAUGAACCGAUGACGGGAUUUUAUAGGUGUAUGACAUGUACGAACCAAUGGAGAGAGAAUUAGAUUAAUGAGAAUGGGUUUGCAAAAUUAUCUUUGCGACGAAGUUGGGGGACGUCGACAUGAAACAACAUGUUAGAUGCAUGAUCGCGAAGGGACCUGUCACGCAGAUUUCACUGGGAAACUUAAGAUCAAAAUUUGAGCGAACAUGGCGUAGGACAUCUGGGUUGGGCUUUUGCAACACGGCGUAAUGGUUAAUAUACCUUGUGAGAUAGGUAGUCUGCAUUUGGUUGUAGACUCCACAUCAUAAAAGGCGUCAGAUUUUAUUCUAAUUUAGAAGUAUUAAAAAGAAGCCUCUA